AUGCAAAAAGCUUUUGAAGGGUAUCGAACAGUUGAAAGAGCUGCCAUUCUCAUCUCAUCGAUCUCUAUAUUAUUCUCGGCUAUUGGUUACAUAUGGAUUGUGAAUGAGCUAGAGACACAAACAGACGCCUAUCGAGAGGCACUCAUCGAAUACGAGAUGUUGAUGGCUGACUCGAUGCAUUGGUUGGAUGAGAUCGAUUUUCAUGAGAGAACGCCUCGUGCUGCAUCUGAUUAUGUGCUAUAUGCGAAUUUCAAGCAAAAAUCUCGGCAAAGACGGAAGAAUGAUGGAUACAACGAUCGACCGAUACAUCGCCCGUCACUCCCCGAUCUCGGUGUUGAAGGAAGCGAAUUUGAAGAAGAGAAUGACGCAGAGUCAACUGAAGAGCCAAUAGACGAGAGAAAUGAAAAUGAAAGAAAUGAAAUCACGGAUUUCAGAGAAACGAACCGAAAAAGUGGACAAAGAGAGAAACUAAGAAUUUGUGAUUGUUCCCGUAUUCGUUGCCCCCGUGGACCAAGAGGACCACCUGGAGAUGAUGGAACACAGGGAACGACUGGAGAUCCAGGUGUUCCUGGUCGACCUGGAAUUGAUGGAAUCUUUCAACAAGAGUUUCCUUGUGAUCCAUGUCCUCCUGGUUUAAAGGGACCACUUGGGGCCCAGGGAGAACCGGGACCUGAAGGGAAAACCGGAAAGAUUGGUCGAAUCGGACGUGAUGGGGUCAACGAGAAAGGGCAACCGGGUGAAGAUGGAGCAAGGGGAAGAACGGGGAAACGAGGAAAGAAAGGAGAAGUUGGGGAAACUGGUCAGGAUGCAGUUCAUCUCAUUGGUGUACCCGGGCCAAAAGGUCGUUUGGGACUUCGCGGAUUCCCGGGUCCUAGAGGCGAUCCUGGUCUCAACGGAAGAAAUGCUCAACCAGGCAAAGAAGGUGCUCGUGGUAUACAAGGAGAGCCGGGUGUACAAGGAGAGCCAGGACCUCGCGGUCCACCGGGUCGACAAGGUGCUCAUGGAAAAGAUGGAGGUUAUUGUAAUUGCCCUAGUAGGAAUGGAGACACUCCGCUAGGUUUCAAUGGCGAUUUUGAUCCAUCCGAGUUUCCUGAGGCAGGUCAUUAUGAAAAAGAGAAAGAAAGAGAACGAGGACGAGAUAGAGAAAGAAAUAGAAAUGGAGAUGAAGAAAGAACUCGAGAACGAGAACGAGAACGAGAACGAGAACGAGAACGAGAACGAGAAAGAGAACCAGAACGAGAACGAGAACGAGAACGGGAGAGGCAACGAGUAAACCAAGGAGCACCAGCCAUUCCCGAUGAAGGACCCGGUGAAGCACCCAGUGAAGCACCCGCUGAAACGCCAAGUCGAACACAUCAUUCAUCGUCGAUCAUACAUCGUCCCAGACCGCGUCCCAAUCUCAUCACAGCCCCGCCCGUCACUCCAACUCAAAAUAAUCAAGAGUUCACCGAAGAUGCAUUUGUGUCAACAGCGAUUGAAGAGGACGAUAAUGAUGAUUCAGUUACUAAUCAUGCUAUCUCGGAACAUCGUCACCGAUUUCAGAGCACCACUGAGCCGUAUUUUGUUGACGGAGAAAAAAAUGAUCGUACUGAACACUUGACAACUGAGGGUUAUUUUGUGCCAACGAGACCUCAUAAGGGAAAGCGGAUAGAUUUGGGCACAAAUAAGAAAUCGCUGUAUCGGGGAAGCGCCGAUGUGUUUUUGGGGAUUCCAUAUGCUCAGCCACCACUCCGGGAAAGACGCUUUAUGCCACCAGAUAACCCGGCUCCCACAAAUGGAAUCACAAAUGCAACCGUUUACAAAUCGCUUUGCAUCCAGCCAAAUGUCACAAAUGCCAGCGAAGAUUGCCUCUAUUUGAAUGUUUUCUGUCAAAAUGCGGUCAACUACACGUCAUUAUCGGCGGUAAUCGUAUUUAUUGACGGAAAUCCGCAGCUUUCCACUGGUGGACUCGGGUCUCAAGAAGAAAAAGGAAUUGUGAGCAAUCUUGUGCAAAAGGGAGUCAUUGUGGUCACCGUUCAAUAUCGACUGGGACCAUUAGGAUUUUUUGCGACUCCAUCAACUGAUAUCCAAGUCACGUCAAAUCUAGGAAUGUUGGAUCAGGUAAAAGCUUUGCAAUGGGUGAAUCGAAAUAUCGCCUCAUUUGGAGGUGAUUCUACAAGAGUGAGUCUUGCUGGGCAAGCGGGUGGUGCUUGUGCGGUUGCUGCGCACACUUACAGCCCUAUGUCUCAAGGACUCUUCCAACAGGCCAUCCUACAGAGUGGAUCGAUCCAGAGCUGUUACACCACAGAUCGAGACUACGUGGGAGUCGACCCGAGUAGCACAGCCACAAAUACACUACAAUAUGAUCAAGGCCUUCCAUAUACAUCAAUUGGUGGAAACGGCAACUUUCAACAGCCAACAACACAGCCACCAUUCCAAAACAACAAUCCAACAACGGCAAUCACAAAUCCGAGUCAACUUUUAGCGACUCAAUUAUGCAAUAUCACACCCGAUCAAUGGAGAACUGGACAAUUGGCUGGUUUACGAGAGUGUCUUCAAAAUUACACCGUUGAUGUGUUCACGAAAACUGAUGGAAUUCAUACAGCUACUUGGAUGAUUGUUAGAGACAAUCUUUUCAUGAAUAGCUCGUUGGGUGAACUGGCUACGAGGCGACCGCCAAUUCCGUUGAUUAUUGGCACAGUGCAGGAUGAGGAUGCCGAUUACGCUUUCAAAUUGGUCAACAAGGCGGCUGGAAAUGGUGGCACUGAAGCGGAUGCUUUCAACGAUUGGUUUUUGGAUUUUGCCAAGAAGAAUAAACUCACUGGAAACGCGGAGCAACAGGCAAAAAACAUCAUCACCACCAAUUACAAUGUCACUCUGCCAAACGCACAAAAUAAUCAAAAUCAAUUCCCCUCUCAACCAAUGCAAGAUCAACAAAAUAGUGGUUAUUACGCCUAUGAUCAGAAUGGGCAAUACAAUUUCAAUUCAGCUACCACUCAAGCAUCGUUUCAAACAACUCCACCGAUGAUUUACGGGCCACCCCCAAGCACGAAUCAAAAUUUGCCAACCCAACCUUUCACCAGUCAACCAUUUUCUCAACCGCUUCGUGAUUCCAAUGGACAUCUGAAUAACUCAGCCAUCUUUCACACAUUGUCCGUCAUCACAAACGUCUCCUCCGAUGCAGGCACCGUUUCGCAAAUUGUAACUGAAGUUGACUCUUGGAUUCAGGGUGGAAAUCGAUAUGUUCAUGUGUAUCGCUUUGAGCAUCGCUCAAAACUUGGCACUCCUGCCGCUUUCAAUAUGCUUAAAGGAUACGAACCUAUUCAAAAAGGACAAGACAAAUUGUUUUUGUUUAUGCGAGAGGAUGUGUGGACCCAACAAAAGCCGACAUCAGCUGACAAGGCGAUGGCUGACACGAUGGGGCAACGAUGGACUGAUUUUGCAAAACAAGGUUCUGUGAAUAACUGGUCACCUGUUCAAUCUGGCCAAGCUGUUCAAUCGAACCAGACUCCAUAUUGUGCAUUAUCUACUCAACCAACUAUGCAAAUGGGUUACGGGAAUGAAGCAAGACAAGUCUUCAAUCAACAAGUUUAUCCACUAGCCACUCAAGCAAAUUCACAAAACUCUCCUCAAUAUGAUCAACAAAGGUCUCAAAAUCAGAACUCGUUUGGGAACAAUCAAAAUCAAAAUGGAUACAAUGGAAACACCAAUCAGCAAUCCAAUCAACAACCGCAAGUUCAUGUUAGUAAUGAAGGUGGUAGCGGUUCUUCGUGGAGCAUGAGCUUCAGCCUUAACAAUUUCCAGAUCCCAGGCACAAAUCAA